AUGUCGGACGACCGUCCAUCGAUCUCCGUUUCUGAAACAUCCGAACCACCCUCAGAAACAACACCAACCGGAACUCUCUCCGCCCCACCUCUCAUCCCACCCCCAAUAAAAGUCACCGAAACAUCCUCCCCCUCCCUCCCCUCCGCCGCAUCCUCCAAUGCAGGCUCCCUCACCGACCGACAUCUGCGUCAAAUAACCGAAACCUCCGAAUCAGAAUCAGGAUACAAAUCAGGCUCAGAGGGUGCUGGCAUUGGGGCGGGUCAUCACGGCUCUGGGGCGAGAGUUGGGUUAUUGACGAGACGGACGGCACCGGCGGCACCAACCUCUGUGCCUACACGAAGUAUGAUCGUCGAGACGGAACCUGUACCGCCGCCGCCAAGGUCGGCUGUGUUGGGUUCGGCUGCUACGAUGGGGGUCAAGACGAAGCCGAGCACGGACACGAUUCGGCCGUCUGCGACAAGAGUGAAGAAGAGGAUGGCGCAUGGGCAUCAUAACCCUCCCAAUUCGGCGAAUACGACGAAAGCGGAUAUCUUCGCACACAAGAUUGCGUCCGCAAUAUCCUCCUCUGACGAAGAUGAAGAUUUCGUCUAUGAGAGCCAACAGCAGCAUCAGCACCAUGGCCAGCAGCAUAUCCCGCAUCCGGGGGUAUUAGCGCGGACACCGAGUUUACAAUCGAUCGUUUCAAGCAGGACUGGAAUCAGCGGACGUCGCAGUAUGAAAUUCACUCGGGAACCACUGGAUGGAGACGACUACCCCUUCUACGACACCAACCCCAACCACUCCUCCCGCGCCGCAAUCAUGUCCGACGAAGGCCCCAUCAUACCAGGCGCCGGACCAUCAUCAUACCACGCUCACAACCACCCGCGGGGACCAGCAUAUAAACCGAGUUAUCAUUCGUUGAGGUUGCCUGUUUCGUACUUUCCGAGUAGUCGACCACAUAGUCCUCGACAACGGAUGUUUAGUCAGGGAAGUAGGAGGGUGACGGGGUUGACUGAUGCGGCGACGAGUGGGUGGUCUGCGUAUGAUGGCGAAGACGGGGAUGAUGAACAAAACCCGCUUCUUUCGUCUUCGCGGCGGCGGUAUGCGGCGUCUCAGCGCUAUCUCAAACGUACGCGCUCGACGCUGGUGGGGUUGUGUGUGGGCUUAGUGGUGUUGGCGAUCUGCUUGGUCGGCGCCACGGUGGUUACGACGAGGGAGUUACGAAAUGUUGCGAUUACAGGGAUUGUGAGUGUACUUGUGAGUGAGGACGAGUUGAUGAUGGAUCUCGUCGUGGAGGGGACGAAUAGAAAUUUGGUGGGGUUGAGUGUGCUUGAUGUCGAUUUGGCGUUGUUCGCGAAGAGUGCGUACGUCAGCGACGACCUCUACGAACGAGAGGAGGAACGAGCAGCAUUUCUCGGAUGGCCAUGGGAUCCGGAUCCAGGACACCACGAUCACGGCACAGACCCAAUGCCACCCGAAGAUUCCGAAACGAUGCUACUCGGCUCCUGCACGACACUCGAUACCGCCCUCACAUUCGACCCACUCCUCCUCGUCACGCGCAACACCUCCAAAACAACAACCUCAAUCUCAACCCUCCACCUCUCCGACCCCGGCGGUCUCGGGAAUAGUACGAGAAGAGAAAGUGACGAGGAGAAAAGCGAGAAAGAGAAAGAGAGGAAGGGGAGGUGGGAGAGGGUUAUCAAGCAUCCGUUUGAGUUGGUUGUUAGGGGGGUGUUGAAGUAUGAGGUUCCGGGGCCGCUGGGGUUGGUUGGGUGGCCGUGGGGUGGGAGUGCUGGGGAGAAGAGAGGGAGGGGGGUGAGGACUGUUGCGGUGAAGAGGAGUGUUAGGGUUGAUCCAUUGAGGAAUGAGAUCGAGAGGUAUUAG